UGUUAGGAACUUUGCAGAUGUUACCAGAGAUGUAUAACGGGAAUUAUGGGACCAGAACUCACUCCUUCAAGGACAGCAAAUUAAUUCAUGUUAGGGAGAAUGGAAACACCUCUGGUAAAGUAAUAACGGAACUUGUACUUGGUCAAAUGUCAGCGCAAAACAUUUUGAGUAAUUCUGGGACAUUAGCAUACAGGGAUGCCAGACUUCAGUGACAGUAUUCCACCCACGGCCUCGACAAAAAACCCGGUACAAACACUAUUUUUACUACACAACCCUAUCUGGUAAUCGUCCCGCCCAAGCCCAUUUUUGUCCGCAGACUGUCAUUAAAACCAGCCCCUUUGACAGGAAACUAUCGAAUCUGGCAACACGGUUAGCAUACGCGAACCAAAAAUAUGAUUCGCUUAUUUACCACGUGAACCAGCAUGACAACUUGGCCAACCUUCUGUUGGGCGGGAAACAUAUUACGUUAUCCUAUUCAUUGAUGGGGUCCUGCUCAAAACCCUAAAAUUAAUUAGUAUGAAAUACGUUAAUAAGAAGUACAACGUUACAUAUACUGCCGGAGAUCAGGUUGUUCUUUGUUAUACUGUUUCGUUUUCUACUGGUGAUAUUGCGUGCUUCUACGCAAACUCUGAUUGGCUCUUCAAAGAGCGCCUUUGCGGUCAUUGGCAGAAGCUGAGCUGUCAAUCAAGAAUCCCCUUCAGUAGUCAAGUAGGCGUGUCUGCGGUUCAAUAAACCAGUAAGAUUUCGGUCUGCAGUCGUUACCGCCACCUUCAUGACCACCGAUUGGUUACUUUAGGAGGGAAGACUGCUAGAAGGUUUGAUCCCUACCUCCUCGGCCCUCCCCACACACUUCGCCUUUCUCGUCUUCCCGCUUCUGCGCAACUCUCCCCGGCCUAGCUACCUGUCCAAACCCCGUGUGUGUGUCUGUGUAUUCCCCAAACGAGCAAGCAGCAUGUCGGACUACGGCUCACCCGGGGCCGGAGCGGGCACUGGAGGCAAGAAAGAUGCCUUCGCAGACGCCGUGCAACGAGCGAGACAGAUCGCAGCCAAGAUAGGUGGAGAUGCCGGUGCGCCAAUUAGCAACAAUGGCGGCGGCGAGGGUUACCCAUUCCAAGCACAGAAACGCUCACUUGAGGAUGGAGACCAACCAGAUGCCAAGAAGAUGGCUUCCCAGGGAGAUAGAGACUCAGCCACUGCUUUGUCUAUCGGUGCUCAGCUGGCUGCCCUGUCUCAGCAGAGCGUCCGGCCUUCCACUGUAACUGAGGAGUAUCGGGUGCCUGACGGCAUGGUGGGCCUCAUCAUCGGUCGAGGCGGAGAGCAGAUCAACAAGAUCCAGCAGGAUUCGGGCUGCAAGGUCCAAAUAGCUCCAGGUGAGCAACUAGACAGCGGCGGGCUGCCGGAGAGGAACGUCUCCCUCACGGGAAACCCUGAAGCUAUCCAGAAAGCCAAGAUGUAUCUGGAUGAGAUUGUGUCUCGGGGGCGGGGAACACCCCCCUCCUUCCACGAGUCAACCAAUGGGCAGAGUGGAUCCAUGCAAGAGAUGAUGAUCCCUGCUGGCAAGGCUGGCCUCAUCAUUGGCAAGGGAGGAGAGACCAUCAAACAGCUUCAGGAGCGUGCCGGGGUCAAGAUGAUCCUCAUCCAGGACGGGUCCCAGCCUCCCAACAUGGACAAGCCCCUGCGCAUCAUAGGAGACCCCUACAAAGUGCAGCAAGCCAAGGAGCUGGUGAACGAGAUCCUCCGUGAGCGGGACCACGCCGGCUUCGGGGACAGAAACGAUUUCGGCAACCGGAUGGGGGGCGGAGGGGGCGGAGGCAUGGACGUGCCUGUUCCCCGCCACUCUGUGGGAGUUGUGAUUGGUCGAAGUGGAGAGAUGAUCAAGAAGAUCCAGAACGAUGCUGGAGUCAGGAUACAGUUCAAACCAGAUGAAGAUGAAGAUGAAGAUGACGGCGCGGGUCCUGAUAAGAUCGCCCACAUCAUGGGCCCACCGGAUCGCUGUGAGCACGCCGCCUCCAUCAUCAACGAGCUGCUGCAGAGCAUCAGGGUCCGAGAGGAGGGAGGUCAAGGGGGUCCUCCAGGUCCGCCCGGCACGGGAGGGAUGCCUCAGGGUGGGCGUGGCAGGGGGCGCAGCCAGGGCAACUGGGGCGGUCCUCCGGGAGGGGAGGUCACCUUCUCCAUCCCCGCCCACAAAUGUGGCCUGGUGAUUGGCCGGGGUGGCGAGAACGUCAAGGCCAUCAACCAGCAGACGGGCGCGUUCGUGGAGAUCUCCCGCCAGCCACCGCCCAACGGGGACCCCAACUUCAAGCUGUUCAUCAUCCGGGGGUCCCCUCAACAGAUAGACCACGCCAAGCAGCUCAUUGAGGACAAGAUUGAGGCUCCACUGUGUCCUGUCGGAGGAGGACCUGGAGGUCCCGGUCCCGCCGGUCCCAUGGGCCCCUACAACCCCAACCCUUACAAUCCGGGACCCGGGGGUCCCGGCGGCCCGCCACAUGGAGGCCCCCCAGGCGGUCACGGUUACGGGGCCCCUCAGGGCUGGGGCAACACCUACCAGCAGUGGCAGGCCCCUGGAGGCCCUCACGAUCCGAAUAAGGCAGCGGCAGAUCCCAACGCGGCGUGGGCGGCCUACUAUGCCCAGUACUACCAGCAGCAGCAGCCAGGGGGCGCCAUGCCUGGCCAGGCCCCCAACGCGCCCGCGGCAGCCCCGGCCCAGGCGGACCCAUCUCACGCAGCCCAGACUGCCGGCGGCCAGCCGGACUACACCAAGGCCUGGGAGGAGUACUACAAGAAGAUGGGCAUGGCCCAGCCAGGUGGAGGUGCUGCGGCUGCAGCGGCGCCUGCUGCAGUGGUAGCUGGGGGAGGAGCCGGCGGUCAGCAGGACUAUAGUGCAGCUUGGGCGGAGUACUACAGGCAACAGGCGGCGUACUACGGCCCCGGGGGUGCCCCUGGACAGGCUGCCACCCCUCAGCAAGGACAACAGGCCCAGUAAAGCUGCUUCAGACGGGACCCCGGACGGCCAGGCACGGAUGUGGAGGGCUCUGGCUCCAUGUUAGAUGCAGAUCCCAACCCAUCCAGCUCUGGACUUUUUAAAUGUUUUCUUCUGAGUUUCAGUCUUGUUUUUUUUUUUUUUUUGGUGAUUUUUGUUGACUGAAGCAAAACCUUCCUCCCUUGUCCUCCAAUUUCACCCCAGUAGCCCUCUGCCCUUUACCUGAAAUCUAACCCUGGUCUUUUGUUCUCUUUUUUUUGUAUUUUACAAAAAAAAAAA